CGGAGACAGGUGAGAGGCGGGCUGGGAUGGCGGAGCAGUGGGAUCUGGACGAGGAAGGCGUCCGCCGCCUGGGGGCGCUGACCCUGGAGCAGCCCGAACUGGUGGAGUCUCUUUCAUUGCAGGGAUCUUAUGCUGGAAAAAUUCAUUCCAUUGGUGAUGCCUUCAGAAAUUUUAAAAACCUCCGAUCCUUGGAUUUAUCAAGAAAUUUGAUCACUAGCCUGAAGGGCAUCCAGUAUUUAUGUUCACUCCAAGACCUGAAUUUAUAUUAUAACAACAUUCCUUCAUUAGUGGAGGUGUCCCGCCUACAGUCUUUACCCUUCCUCAAAGAACUAGAUUUGAGACUCAAUCCUGUUGUCAGGAAAGAUACAGAUUAUAGGCUCUUUGCUGUGUACACGCUACAAACUCUGGAGAAACUGGAUGACCGAGCAGUGCGAGCAAGUGAGAGAAAAGCUGCCAAGCUGCAUUUUAGUCAGUUGGGCAACAGUGAAAAUUUUCUUUUAGAGGUGGAAAAAAGCUCUAGGGAGAAGACAAUGAAAAGCUGCAUGACAGAUGAGAGUUCUGCAUCAAAAGUCAAUGCUGAUAUUGAUAACAGAGUUGAAACUGACUCAAACAAAGGACUUUUUAUUCCCUUCCCCAACCGGGAAAUAAAGGAUUCUCUCACGAGUACUUCUGCAACCCAGGACAAUGGUAUAGCAGAUCAGAAAUUGGACACUUACUCACUGGGGACACAGGAAGUGGCAAGAAGGGAGGUCCCAAGUGACAAUCACCAAGAAGAUGAAUUCAGACGCUACUCUCCUCAUCAGUCCACAGUCCGAUCCCCAGAGAAGAUGGCUAGAGAAGGGUACCGACUAUCUUUUUUGAACAACAAGUCUUCAGGUUCUUCUCCAGAAAAGGACUUGAUACUAAAGGCUGAUACUUACCAGCUUACCCAUGAUGUCUCAGUGGGUAAACGCCUGGAUGUGGGUGAUUCUAGCCAGAUCCAUCCCCAUCAGUUACCUUCAGAUGUUGGUCUAGAAAAUUAUGAUAGUCAUUAUUCUCAAAAUCUAUCCCUGCAUGGAAGUCUUGGCAAAAGGCCUCAGAGAAGCAAGAACUAUCAAGAAUAUAGCAUAAAACCUUCAAAUGACAUGAAGGCCACCACAUCCCAUUCCUGUGGAGACUUACUGACUUCUCUGUCAAACCCUGACUUCAGCACCGGAAGGCUUUUGAAGCUUAGUUCAGAUCUGUAUGCCACAACCCAUUUCAACAGUGACCCUGCUUUGCUGGUCAAUGUAGAGCAACAAUUAUCUACCAGUCUCGGUGAUUUAACACCAGCACAUGGUUCUUUCCCAAACAACUCCACCCUGGGAGACUCUCUACGGACACUGCUAUUGCCUACUGUGACCUCAGAAAACAGAGAGAGUUUGACCAAGGGGUCAUUAAGCCCAUCAAGGAGAGGAUUCAAACGGAAGGACAAUCUCCUUGCCACCUUGAAUCCAAAGAUUGGUUUCCAAGAUGCUACUGGCAGCGAGCCUCUCUCUAGUGACCUGGGCAGUUUGCAUGGUUUGCCAGGGAACCACAGUCCCCUGAUUUCUGCCAGAACUUCCCAUGUGGCCACUGUCCUCAGACAGCUCUUGGAGCUUGUGGAUAAGCACUGGAAUGGCUCUGGUUCCCUCCUCCUUAACAAGAAGUUUCUUGGUCCUGCCCGAGAUUUACUUCUGACUUUGGUAGUCCCUGCUCCUUCCCAGCAGUGGUGUCACUCGCAUCCUGAAGACACAUCAAAAACCUUCCACAGCAGAGAGAUGGAACUGAAGGAGGCCGGGCAGGUGGUCCCUAAUGACAUGGAAAGUUUGAAGCAAAAACUGGUCAGAGUGCUAGAGGAAAACCUCAUUUUGUCAGAAAAAAUCCAGCAGUUGGAGGAAGGUGCUGCCACCUCGAUUGUGAGUGGGCACCAGCCCCACACUUAUGAUGAUCUUCUGCGCAAAAACCAACAGCUGACCAUGCAGGUGGCUUGCCUCAACCAGGAGCUUGCCCAGCUGAAAAAGCUGGAGGAGACAGUGGCCCUUCUCCAUGAAAGUCAAAGAUCCCUGGUGGUAACUAAUGAGUAUCUGCUGCAGCAGCUGAAUAAAGAGCAAAAAGGUUAUUCUGGGAAAGCACUCCUGCCUCCUGAGAAGAGUCAUCAUUUGGGGAGAUCGUCACCCUUUGGGAAAAGGACGCUGUCUUCCUCCUCACCAGUGCACAUGACACGGGUCAGUAUCUAAUACAGAGUGUUUCAGACUCUGUUCCAGAGCCUAGUUUAUGGAGCUAGCGCUAAACACCUUCUCUGUGGCUUCCCUCUCAGCCCCAGGGGGGUGUCACUAGUGUCAUUGCCACUAGUAUGGUAGUAUUUACCCACAAGAUUAAGAGAAAAUCUUAUUCUGA